AAAAAGGUCAAAGCCUGUGUAGGUUUUAUUUGUACCGCAAACAUGCAGUCCAUACUGUAUGGUGGUGUUAAAGAUCAAGAACUCACAGAGUGGUACUUCAAUACCUCGUUACUUUUCGUUGGAUCCGAUCAUCUUUACUGGGAUGGUAACAAAUCCCGUCGUAAGAAGUAUGGUAAUUGCAAACUUACUGGCGGAGAUGUUAUUUCCACGGUUAUGUUGAAUUCCCAAAAGGAAGCAGCAAGCUUUAUGUUGAGCAAAAUAACCGUUAAGGCAACUGAGAACGACGGCAACAACGGCCAUAAUGAUAAUAAGAAUGGCGAAGAAGAGGAGGGAGAGAUUAUCGAAGGACAGAUUGCGGCUUAGACUGUCGCUAUAUUGAUAUCCUUUCGCGUAUAACAGUUUUUUUCCUUUUCCUUCUCGCUAAUUAUACUUUUCCUUUGUUUUGAUCCAUCGGGUUGGAGUCGGCAGUUUCUCUUUCCUUAUGUCAUACAUGGAUGGUUGGCGUUACCACUUAAAAGUUUUAUCUUUUCUUUCUUUCCUUUCCCUUUUCUAUCCUACCCGCCGUGCUCCUGUACCGUACCGGUAUGCCAUAUCCAGUUCUGCA